CGCUCUCAAUAUUAUUCUUGAUAGUAACUGAGUCGGUCCAACUGCAGAGGUGCUGAAACCUUCACAUUUAUAAUUCUAGAUUCUAGAGGAUUCCCCAAGGUUAAAUGAUCAUACCAAGGCGUAAAAGUUUGAUAUGCAAAAAUCAAACCUAAAUAGUGAUCCUUCGUUAUUGUUUUUCAAUAGUGGUAUCGCUCAUGGCGACGGGAAACGAAAAUUAGUGCGUAAAACUAGUGCAGAGAUUGUGAGUGAAGCAAAAAGCAUGUUGGCGGGAGGAGGAACACGCUUGGUUUCCGCUAGGCGUCCAAUCACGCCAAGAGAUCCAAGACGACAGCUUUAUGGCCGGGUGGCACCACCGGGACGUCCACCAAGUGCUAUCAGUCUCAAAUAUUUGCAAUUUGAAUCACGCAAUUUACCCUCACUGGAGCCCAUUCAAAGCGCGGUUGAAGGUAAUGGAUUCAAGCGUUCGGAGUCAACCGAUUCCAUCUCGUACCCAGAACAUGAUGCAACUAAUAACAACCAAUCAAAGAGCAAACUACCAGCAUUGCAUAAAGGUCCCAACGAACAGACAGGUUCAUUGGGUAACCUUUCAGAAUGCAUGUCAAUGCAAAAGGACUUUAAGUCAACUGGACCACCAUUGUCACUGAAGGUCGAGCCGAAGCUUCUAACAGAAAAACGUACAGCAAAUGGGAAAGCACAUGCGGAAGCAGGCUCUUCUGAUACCAUGAAAAGUAUAGUAAAGAAUCAUCCGUUAAAGCGUCGGCAAUUCCAAUCACUGGAUGAAGGCAGCAUGGCAGUGGCUGAAAAAACUUCUCCUUCAGAACAAGUUGGAAGUGUGAAAGCGGAUCAACUCUCGCUGAAGGCAAAGCUAAGCAAAAGCAACGACUUGCUGGUCCAGUCCACAAACGAAUCCUUGUUGGAGAUGCUGAAGGCUCACGCUGGAAUAAAGGAAUGUAGCGAUGAAACUGUUGGUCAUAUUAAUGGGAUUUUAGGUGAGCUGUAUAUGCGUGUGAAGGGCUCCAAAGGAAGCUGGCGGGGAGCGGUGCUUGGGGCGCUCUAUGGGCUAGUUGAGGCGAAUUCGGCAAAAAUUCUUCUGUCUGUUGCACGUGUGGUGCUGGCGCUUAAUGUGACUGGCAGCAAUUUGGCAGGGGCUUGCAAACUGGUAUUUAAAAUUGCUCGCAACGAGAAUAACGAUACACUUUUUGCUGACAGUGAUGUGCCAGAGCUACUGGUGGAUGGUUUGGGUCGUGCUUCACCAGCUGACGAACCGGAAGCGUGUAUUUAUGGAUAUGGAGCUAUUCGAUUUUUGGCAAGCUCGGCAGCUUCAGUUUCUCAGAAGGGCAAAUCCGAAAACUCCCCCAGAGAAUAUUCAACUCGACACAAAUCGUUGGCUUACCGUUUGACUACGCAUGGUCUUAUACAGUUGAUGAUUUUACAUCUGAAAAUGUUGAACGAACUAGGAAGUGCGAAAAAACUAUCGGGACCACCGUUACACGCAUUAUUUCAGCUGUCGGGAGCCCUUAGAACACUAGCUGGCAUUCCAUCAAUAGGCAAUAACAAUCCUUUAAAACCCAAGUCUCAGAGCAAUAGCGUAAAUUCAGAAACCGAUGAAAAACAGGAAGGUGAGAUUGUUCAGUUAGAAUUAGCUGGGCCGCUGCUUGUGCGCGCGGCUGAGAUGUGCAUUGAAGAACCGGAAGUGCAAGCGAAUGUUAUUCGUACAUUGAGUGUUCUUUCUGAACGACCAGAGUGCUGCGAGCAGCUCGCUGAUGCAUCUACCAGGCUAGGGAUAUUACUGGGCUCCAUUACUGAAACUAGCCCAACGAUUGAGAGAGGAUUAGCGGCUGCAAAUCGUUUAGGAUAUAUUCUAGGGAAUAUCAUGGCCCGAUGGGACGCCGCUCGUCUGCAGUUCUACUCCAAUGACGUGUCCAUAACGGCUAUUAUAAAUGCGUUGGAAUUUUACUGUCACAAGAGGCUUAGCAUAAAAAACCAAAUGGGUGAUUCUGUCGUGGAAGUACUCACAAAGCUGGUACGAGUCGUGGCCAACAUCUGUGUGAAUAGCGAUGUAGGUUAUGGCCUUAGCAAUAGGCCAUCACUCGGGGAAACUCUACUUAAAAUUUUGUUAAAGGUGAAGGAUAGCAAGGAAAAGGAAAUGGAUGAACUCCUGUUUGCUACGCUCGGUGCGCUGCACAAUCUUUGCUACUAUUAUGAACCACCUGAAAAUCCUCUCGAAUAUAGUCACCCAGGAAGUGUGGCAGAACGCUUGAAGGACAUUUGCGGAGUCUUAUGUAGCAUUCUCAGCACCAACUCAAAUCCGGCUCGUUCCGAAGUGGCACGGGUUCUAGGUAACAUGACUCGGAAUGCAUCUGCUCGUCAAACAUUCUGCUCUGAGAAUGGACUAAAAAUUAUAAUCAGCUGUUUGGAAUCGAAUGACGUUGAAUUGAUGGUCACAUCAUGUGGAGUGUUGGUUAACAUUCUAGGCGACUGGCAGAGAAGAGCACCGUUUCGGGAAAUACAGGGACCAAUCAUUCUACGAAAGCUGCUGCAACGUGGUACAAGCAACCAGGACUGGAUUCUUGCUGGAAUUGCUUGUCAAGCAUUGUGGAAUUAUCUAAUCGACAGUGGAAACGUAAUCAAUUCUUUAGGAGAAUCCGAGCUGGAUUAUAUUUGUGGAGAUCUUGCCGAGUGCUUAGAUGAAGAGAAACUUUUCAAUGGCCAGGAACCUGAUAGGUUAUGGGAAGAAUUUGCACCCGUUGCCACAGAUCUCAUGGAAAGAUUGCAAUCUUGCUUGUCGUUAGGAGAUUCACCAUGUCUAUCUUCAGAUGAAGAUGAAGCGGAUAUGGUUAUUGGUCAGCCUGGGGAUCUAUGGGGAGACCGCUACAAACAAUGGUUGCAGCAAUAAGUGAUUUGUUUGUGUUUUAAUUGUUGUUUCCUAUGUAUUGUUCUAGCUGUUAGGUAUAUCUUGAAAGAUAUUCAAUACAAUUUUAUUCC